AUGGUAUCCAUUUACCUUAAUUUUGCACCUGAAGAAGAUUUUAUCUCUGUGCAUAUUCGUAUUGUUGGUGAUUUUACAGAAGCACUCGAUAAGAAACUUAGAUGUUAUUUUGAUAAAGAAAAUAAAGAGAAUAAAGUGGAAAUAUUGAUUGGUGCAGUACACCAUUCGCAAGCAUUUUGA